CGCGAAAACUCAGUCGCCGUCUUCUACAAGUUCACACAUUUCUAGUUGGGUUCAUAAUUUCAUGUAACUUUAAACCUACAUUUAAAAUUAACCAUCUAUAGAACAAUCGUCGAGAGAUGUUUUGUGAAAAGGCAAUCGAACUCAUCAGAGAACUUCAUCGUAUGAGCGAUGGUCAACUGCCUGCAUUUAAUGAAGAUGGCAUUCGUCAGGUGCUGGAGGAGAUGAAAGCAUUAUAUGAGCAAAAUCAAAGUGACGUCAAUGAAGCCAAGUCUGAGGGCAAAAGUGAGCUGAUUCCAACCAUCAAGUUCCGCCACUGCUGCCUGCUGAGAAACCAACGUUGUAUUGCUGCCUACCUCUAUGACAGGCUUCUCCGAAUUCGUGCUUUGAGAUGGGAGUAUGGCAGCGUGUUACCUACAAAUAUCCGAUUCCACAUGUGUGCAGAAGAGUUGGAAUGGUUUAACCAGUACAAGAAGUCCCUGGCUACUUACAUGAGGUCACUUGGAGGAGAGGAAGACUAGACAUAACCACAGGACUUGAAGCCUCCGAAGAGUUUGUACAUUGAGGUGCGCUGUUUAAAAGACUAUGGCGAGUUUGAAAUAGAUGAUGGGACCAUUAUUCUUCUGAAGAAAAACAGUCAGCACUUCCUGCCACGAUGGAAGUGUGAACAGUUGAUCCGCCAAGGGGUCUUGGAACACAUCGUGUCUUGAAUGGGACACCAAAACGACAU